AUGGAAACAGUCAUUGAACACGGUCUUCAUCAGAUUAACCUUUCUGGCAAUGUUGCUAAAGGCAUCAGAUGCACAAUCAAAGCUAUUCUCAAGGGCAAAGCUCGCCUUGUCCUUUUAGCCGACGAUUGCGAAAACAAAGACUACAAGAAUCUCGUUGCCGGUCUCUGCAAGAAGCACAAUGUCAAACUCCAGACUGUCGAGAAGAAGGAACUUCUCGGUAGGGCUCUCGGUCUCACCCAUUUCAAGGCGGAUGGUUCCGUUCGUCGUCAAAUGAAUUGCGGUGCAUGUGCGAUCAUCAGAUACGGCUCUGUUGAUACUCAGGAAUUAGACGAAUUCCGUAAGGCAUUCGAUCCUGCUGUGGAAGAGCAAGCUUAA